CGGGAGCUCGUGGACUCCUUUAACUCCGCUCACAUGGGUGUCUGCUGUUAGCUUAACCGGCUGCACAACUUUCUGCCACGUUAACGUUCAACUUUUGAUCCAGUUUUCACGACUUGUCAACGGUGUAGCGAGAAAACCUUUCACAGAGCCUUUGUUUAUUUAUGCCCUACACGUGUUAGCAUAGCUGUCAUAUUUAGCCGUUGCGUUUGUGUCGAGUUAAAAAAAAACAAACAAAAAAACGCUAUUUCUUGAGACUAAAGAUGACAGAGGAACUUGAACAAAUUCUUUCUCGGCUGAUACAGCCUGACAAUGCGGUUAUUCAGCAGGCCACUGUGCAGCUGAAACAGGCUUUUAAAGAUCCUGCCAUUAUUCCAGCUCUGUGUGCUGUCAUGAGCAGCUCACAGAACCCACAGAUUCGCCAGACAGCCGCAGUGAUGCUCAGAUUGAGAGUGAAGAAACACUGGAAGAAGAUUACUUCUGAAGACAGAGAGAGUCUAAAGGCAGUGGUGCUGCAGGCCUUCAUGCAAGAAACGGAACACACAGUGCAGCAUUCAAUCUCCCAACUUACUGCAGUGAUGGUCAGACAUGAGACACCAGACCACUGGCCAGCACUGCUGCAGCUCCUCAAUGAAUCCACCAAGAGCAGCAAUCCUCACGAUAGACAGGUUGGCCUCCUGCUGCUGAACAAGGUAGUGGAGUCCAACCCUGAAGCAUUCCAGCCGUACUACUCCCAGCUGCUGCAGCUGUUUGGUGCUGUGCUGCAAGACCACAACAACCCAGCAGCAUUGUACUACUGUAUCCUCACCCUGACGGCCAUAACCGCCUACACCGGCUCAGAGGAGAUGAAUCAGAUGCGUUCUCUCAUCUCAAGUCUCAUUGUUGCUCUGAAACACCUCAUUAAGGCCAGUCAGGACCAAGCCACUGAGGCUAUGGAGGUUUUUAAUGAACUGAUGGAGAGUGAAGUGUCUAUAAUAGUUCCUUAUGUUGCUGAGAUUGUCCAUUUCUUCUUGGAGGUUGGCACUGAUACCACAUUGAGUGACUCUCUGCGAGUGAAAGCUCUCUCCUGCAUCGUCUUCCUCAUCAAGCUGAAAAGCAAGGUGGUGCUGAAGCAGAAGUUGUUGAACCCCAUCCUACAGGCCAUUUUUCCUGUUUUGAUUGCAACACCACCGCCUGGUCAGCAGGACCCAGAGGACGAGGACGAGGAUAGUGGCAAUGGCACAGAUGACUGUAAUCCUAAACAGUGGUCUGCUAAGAUUAUUGACGUUAUGGCACUCUAUAUGCCUCCAGAGAAACUGUUUCAACAGCUGAUGCCCCUCACUCAGGCAUGCUGACCAGUGAAAACCCCUAUGAGAAGAAGGGAGGGCUCAUGUGUCCUGGCUGUAUUGGCUGAAGGAUGUGCUGAUCACAUGCGCACCAAGAUGCUGUCCUCAGUGUUGCGGACUGUGUGCGAGAGUCUUGGUGACAGUAGUCAGGUGGUGCGCAGUUCUGGACUCUUUGCACUUGGCAAUUUAAACUGUUUUACUGAUUCUUUGUUCUUCUCUCUCCAGCCAGAUGUGAGUAAAUUCUGUGAUGAGUUGAUGCCUUUGCUUCUACGCUACCUGACGUCCAUAAACGAGACCAAAGUAGGCCACGUCACCAAAGCCUUUUAUGCCCUCGAGAACUUCAUGGAAAACUUGGGAGAAGAGAUAGAGCCAUACCUGCCGACACUGAUGGACACAAUGCUGUCUGCCCUCAAUAACACAGACAACCUCAGAAUUAAAGAGCUGGCUGUGUCUGCCAUAGGUGCCAUAGCAAAUGCUGCCAAGGACCUUCUGGUUCCGUACUUCUCUCCAGUUCUUGAAAGUCUGAAGGGCUUCCUAACAGCCACCGCAGAAGAAAUGAGAUCUUUGCAGACUCAGUGUUUGGAUACCCUGUCUGUGCUGGCCCGUACCAUCGGUAAAGAAGUCUUUAGUCCACUUGGUGCAGAAUGUGUCCAGCUGGGCCUUAACCUCACUAAUGCUAUUGAUGACCCUGAUCUGAGACGUUGCACGUACAGUCUGUAUUCUGCGGUUUCCACGGUCAGCCCGGACUGCCUCACGCCACACCUCAGUGACAUUACCACCGUCAUGCUGUUUGCUCUGAGGUCUAGUGAGGGCAUCGUGGAGCACCAAGAGGAGGACAAGAGUUUUGUCUUGCUUGAUGAUGAAAGUGAUGAUGAUGAUGAAGAAAAUGCAAAAGAUGAAGAUCUCUUUGAUAAACAGUCUGAGGAGGAUAUUGACCUUCAAAGGUUCAGUGUGGAAAACGCCUACAUUGAUGAGAAGGAGGAUGCCUGUGAAGCUCUGGGAGAGAUCGCCAUGAACACUGGUGCUGCCUUUCAACCGUUCUUGGAGUCAAGCUUCCAGCAUGUUUAUGAACUGAAAGAUUUUCCCCAUCAGGAUGUCCGCAGGGCAGCUUUUGAUGCCAUGGGUCAUUUUUGUGAAGCUCAGCACAGUGUGUGUAAAGAAAACCCCACUGAAGCCAACAAACAGGCCCUACAGAAAUUGCUGGAGGUUGUGUUGCCUUGCUUCCUGGAAACAGUGCGCGAGGAGCCCGAACGUCACGUUGUGAUGGGCGUCCUGGAGGCCAUUAACGGUGUCAUCAAAUCCUGCCAGGUGGAGGUUUUCAAGAACCCUGUAUGGCUUCAGGAGGUCAGCUAUGUCAUCCGUGAUGUACUUAAGAAAAAGACUGCUUGUCAGGACAGCAGUGAUGACACUGAUGAUGAUGACCAAGAGGCUGAGUAUGACGCCAUGCUGCAGGAGUUUGCUGGAGAAGGAAUCCCCCUGUUAGCGGCCGCUGUGCCUGCGGAUUCUUUUGCACCUUACCUCAAUGACCUGCUGCCUCUCAUCAUGAGCAAAGCUAAAUCCUCAUGCACUGUGGCAGACAGAUCCUUUGCUGUGGGAACAGUUGCUGAAAUCCUGAAAGGUCUUGGGGGCGUGUCCGGGGGCAGGGGAGUGGCUGGCCGGCUGUCUAGUCAACUGCUUCCUGUCCUGGUAGCUGGAGUCAAAGACAACGAUGCUGAAGUUCGCAACAACAGCGUAUUUGGUCUGGGAUGUCUGGCUGAGGCAGCAGGACCCAUCGUUGCAAUCGAUUAUCCGAUGAUGCUGUCCCUGUUUUCCAACCUACUGGCUAAAGAGAGGGAUCUCAAGGUGAUUGACAACCUGUGUGCUGCCCUCUGCAGGAUGAUAAUGAGUAACGUAGAUGCCGUUCCACUGGAGCAGGUGCUGCCUGCUCUAGUGGCUCAUCUUCCUCUAAAGGAUGAUUUGGAGGAGAACAAGACUGUGUUCAGCUGCCUGGUGAUGCUCUACACACACAAUCCUGAUAUGAUGGUGAAACUAAUGAAAUCCAUAGUUGCUGCUGCUAGUCAUGUUCUGGGAAACAAGACAGAAACCCGGAGCACUUUGGCCACACUGACACAAUUUGCCCAGAACCACUCAACAGAGUUUCAAGCUGCAGUGACGUCACUUCCUGCAGAGCAGCGGGAGAGGUUUGGCACAGCCGUUGCUGCCUCGUAGUCCAGACACGACAUCACAUGUUCUAUGUGACAGCUAAAACAGCUUUACACUGAAGAUGGAAAAAACAGGACAGUAAUCACUGACUUUUCUUCAUGAUGACCUGAACCCGGCAUGCUGUUACAUUUUAAUUCAGCUAUGUUCAUUAGGUUGAUUUUUUUUUUUUUUUUUUUUUUUUUUUUUGCUGCAUGCAGGCUAAAGUUUUGUAUUUCACUGCCUUCUGUCUGUUUCUGUUGUGCCUGUGGUUUGGACCAGUUUUGCCUUUGAUGUCACAGUGUUAAAGAAUUUAUUCUGCUGAUAAAUGUUCUAUUUAAUCUAGCA